GUCCAGACGUGGACAUUUUCUCCUCUGACAGAGAAAACAUACGCAUUCAAACCCACUCUCAGGUUCCAGAGCGAUGACUUUAACAAGUCGUUACUCAGUUUUAAAGUGGAAGGAAUUGGUGCAGCUGGCACCAUUCAGCUAGAAGAAAAUCCCCCUGGUUCUGAAGAUAGCAGUGCUCUGCAUCUGGACCGUGAAACGGGAACAAUUGCUUCACAUUCCACUGUGCUACUCGGAUCCAUUCUUAGAUUGGGUGCACAUGGCCGGUACCUCUGGACCAUCAGCUACCAGAUUACAGAUGCCAAUGGCUUUUAUACAUGUCCUCCUAAGAAACUGUGUGAAGUGCAAGUUAAGGGGGUGUUCCCCGCCUUACAGGUGGUUGAUGCAUGUAGCAGUGGCAGUGUGGCCAGGCUCUGCAAGCAGUAUUUGUGGAAACUCUUCUCAUUAGACAGUUUUAAUGAGCACCUGCUUUCCACCCCAUGUCCUGCAGAAAUUACUUUCAAAGUGCCCACCAAGCGCAGUCUGAACAGUCUCUCCAGCAUCCCCCAAGUCAUGUUGGAUUGCAAUUUUGGUGCUGCUCCUCUGCAGUCAGAACCCUCAGAUUUUAUGUUGAUGUUUUGGAACCCCGGUUCUGUCGCUGUAGACUGGACAUUCUUAUUUCCAGAAGACCAAGAAAUGGAGCUGGAGGACUGGGCUGUGACAGGACAGUUUAGCAGCAAAGAGCUGCAGCAAAUGAAGGUACAAGACAAUCAGCUCUUCAGAGUUACCCCUCGUUCUGGAACUUUGCUUCCAGGCCAGAAGAGCUCAGUUCACUUCUGCUACAGUCACGACUUUAUUGGAAUUGACCGACUUCCUGUUUUGUUCAAACUCAGUCUUGGCAGAGAGUUUUUGCUAAACUUUCAAGGAGUGACAUUGAACCGAAAUGAACCAUAUCUACACUUUGUUUCCAAUCACCAUGUAUUCACGCCUGUAGCUAUUCGGGACUCCAGUCCUCCACGACAGAUAUAUGAAUUGUACAAUGGUGGUGCGGUGACAGUACAUUAUGAAGUGGACCAAGCUGUGUUGUCACAGCUUCAGAUGGAGAACUACGAUCACCCAGUCUUGAGCUGCCUCAGUCCACAAGGAGAAGUUCUCCCUGGGAAUAAAGCCAUGCUCGAAUGGAUCUUCUCUCCACUGGAGGCUAAGAUGUACCAUAUUGAUGUUCCCAUCCACAUCCUGGAAAGGGAUUCGGUAAUUAUAAACUUUGAGGGAUGUGGGAUGGAUGCAUUAUCAACAAGCGCCAAUAUCUCCAUUGAGUACAGCGAUGCUAAGACUCACGAACACUGCGCCCAGAAGGGGCCAUUCCCAGGACAGGUGGCUUUGUUGUCCACGGACAGUGUCUUUAUUGGUGAUAUCCCUGUCUGCACAAAGUCUUCGAGAGUCCUGUUCAUCACCAGUUUGUCUUACACAGAAACUGUGUACUUUGUCUGGGAGAUUCCUACACAGAGCAACCAACAAGUGGUGCAGAUCCAUCCAGAGCGAGGCUGUCUUUGUCCAGGAGAGUGUGCUAUGUGCAUCCUGACCUUCGUUUCUGAUUGCCCCACUGUUUACCAGCUAGAUCUCAUAUGUCAGAUCACUCAAGAAGCUGCACUCAUCCAUUAUCACAAAGCCUUGCAGUGCUGGGAGGAAGAACAGAAACGACAGCAAAACGAAUUCACAAUCACAGACAAGAUCCCUUCCCGCACUCAAAGAGUUUUAGUAGAUGAGAUACUUCUCGCACCUCCUGCAAGAAAAGGGGCGCCCCUCCGCAAAUACAAGACUCUUCCUCCAAUCUGUGGCAGCGAACCCGUCGGCAAUUUAUACGACAAAAAUAAGAAAGCUCAAACACGGCUAGAGCGAGAAUCAGCUAAAAUAUGGAGACGCCCCCAGCCGCCCCGACCCGCUCUGCUGCACCUGAGUGUCACUGCCCACACCUAUGACAUUCCGGACUUCUACACACACUUUCCUGAUCAAUACCUUCAGUUGACUAGGACCAAACAAACAUUAACCAAUUCUUCAAGCACACGCCGCCUUGCGAAGCUGUGUCCAUCAACAUGUGGCGUUGAGAGAGACAUCGUUGUGGACAUACUCACUCCUCUUUACAGAGAGCUCCUUGAUGAUUCAGCUUUUGCCAAGUCUUUGAUGGUUUUAGCCUCCAGCCCUCCAAUCUACGAGUGUCAGACCUCUACGUCUCCCUCCUCCACGCUUCCAUCUUCACCUCAACAUUCUGUUCAGUCGAGCUGGACAGUAGAUGGAGAAGAAGCCGCAGUAUGUUUAGGGAAAAUUCCUCAAAUCCAGGCCACAGCGGAGUCCAAGCAUGCUCCUUCUGACUUGGCUGAGGCUGUUUUGUUAAAGACGCUCCAGAACUUAAUGAUGGAAGCUGUGACUGGAGAGCUGAGCCUUUCGGCACACCCCCGGAGGAAAUUAUCGACCUCUUCCUCAGCGAGGAGCAGGACGUCGUUUGCUGAAAGGAGCUAGUCGGGCCUCAACUGUCAUAACCUACACAUCAUUCAACAAGCCAAAAUCCCUCUACUGCUUUCUUUUGGAUCCACCCCACGUAAAAAUCAGCAUUUCUUCUAUCCUUAUGUAGCCCCAAAAUAUCAUUAAAAUAAUUUUUAAAUUAA